AAGCGAUUUAAUAACUCAUAUGAUCGUGACACAAGCAGAGACACUUCAUUUGACAAAGAUCCAUAUUACCGUGGUGACAAGCCAAGAGACAACCUGUCUCCCAACAACCAGUACAUGGAUGGCAGAAAAUCUUCGCAAUGGAUGACAAAUUCCGACAGGGCCUUCCUAAUGGAGGACCACAGGGUAGCCCACAUAAGCAGGGCAUGCCACCCUCACAGUACCAGGACAAGCAGAGCUACAGCACCAACAGCAUUCCUCGUUCACAAGCUGCAGAACAGUACCAGAGGAGUGGAGGCCCAAGCCCUCCAAAAUCACCAAGCCAGCAUAGCUCUUCGCCACAACCCGUCAGUAGUGCCCCUCACACAGGCCAGAGUCCACCCAAAUCCCCAUCAGCCCACACCCAUGGCCCUAUGCCAGAGCAGCAGAGGCUGUCCCAUGAACAGUUUCGUGCAGCUCUUCAGAUGGUGGUUAAUCCAGGUGACCCACGCACAUUUUUGGACAAUUUCAUGAAAAUAGGCGAGGGGUCAACUGGUAUUGUGUGCAUAGCAACCACCAAACCAAAUGGAGCGCAGGUUGCUGUUAAGAAAAUGGAUCUUCGUAAACAGCAGCGCAGGGAAUUGCUUUUUAACGAGGUGGUUGUCAUGCGGGAUUAUCACCAUCCCAACAUUGUGGACAUGUACAACAGCUACCUUGUCAACGAUGAGCUGUGGGUGGUGAUGGAGUUCAUGGAGGGAGGAGCACUGACAGACAUUGUAACUAAUACCAGAAUGGACGAAACCCAGAUUGCAACAGUGUGCAAGGCAUGUCUUAAAGCGCUUGCUUUCUUGCACGCUAAUGGAGUCAUUCACCGUGACAUUAAAUCGGACUCCAUUCUUCUGUCACAUGAUGGAAAAGUGAAAUUGUCGGAUUUUGGAUUUUGUGCUCAAGUCACGCAAGACUUGCAAAAACGCAAAUCUUUGGUUGGUACUCCAUACUGGAUGGCACCAGAGGUCAUUUCACGUCUGCCUUAUGGGCCAGAGGUGGACAUUUGGUCUCUUGGUAUCAUGGUUAUGGAGAUGAUUGAUGGUGAACCUCCAUUCUUCAAUGAACCACCACUACAAGCAAUGAGGCGUAUCAGAGACAUGCCACCACCCAGACUAAAAAAUACUCACAGGGUGUCACCUCGUCUCCAAGGUUUUUUGGACCGCAUGUUGGUGCGAGAUUCCAUGCAGCGAGCCACUGCUGAUGAAUUGCUACAUCACCCGUUUCUGAGGGAGGCAGGCCCUCCUUCCUGCCUUGUCAGUCUCAUGCGCAGUUUCAGACACAGCCCCUGCUGAAGACAACUGUGUUUGUGUGAUUGCCAGACCUGUGACCUCAUGGCUGGCAUGAUCAUGACAUUUCAAUGAAGUGGCUUAUUAACAGCUGUCUUUACGUCAUCUGCAUGCAGACAUCAUGUGAGCUAAAUUAUCAGCUGGCAUCUUUUGAAGUCCGCUGACUGGGCCACUUCAGGCCACCCUCAUGCUUCCAGUACACAGCAGUCGAACUACCACUAGAAGACCGGUCAACAGAGGCUGUUACCAGAAGCUUGUGAUAGUCACUGAGAACUUGUGGAAAUCAAUAAAAACCGUUGUCCCCUUUAUGAGAGUGACUGUUGAAUGAAAAUACCAUGGGAUCAUGUUAUGCCUGUGGUUGUCCAGGCUUUAUUUAAUGCUUGAGACCUUGUUGACUGCAUCAAGCAAAUGAAGGUGAUUAGGGGCUGAGUCUACUGCCCAUGGUAUACAUCAGUGACACCACACAGCUUCAGGUGGAUAGAAAGGGCACCUUCCUUGAUAACCAUGAUGUGCACAACUUCAGUAUUGUAUGUGGAUGCAAAAGAAGGCAUUGAAAAAUAACUUUAUUUUGUAAUACACGUGGAAUUGCACUAAAAUAUUUGCUUUUUUUUUAGAAAUGCGGAGAAGCAAGAUGGCAUAUUCCCAUCUGCAUUUUCAAAAGUGAAGGAUUUUGUGCUAUUUUUACACCUGUUUUAUAUGCAAAAAACAAAAUGAAGGGAGAAAAUGGUCUGUGUGGGGAGAUUCCCAUGUUCUUCCCAAAUUUUUCUUUUUUUGAAAAUGUUGGAAAUUUCUCUUGUAAAACGUUAGGCAAAUCUUGGUGCACAUUGCCAGCAUAAAAACUGGUUAAGAAAAAAAAAAUGGUGUGCAUUAUGCAGCAUCCAGCUGGAAUUAUAAAGGUCGGUAGGCUGUAUCGAUAUGUGUUUAAAGUUACUGAACAUCCUUGCUGCUAAAUAUAACAAGGGUUCAGGCUAAAGGAGUGUUGAAGAGCUACUGUUGAAAGGCUUUUAGUUGAGGGGUGGGGUGGGAAACGUGACUAAUUCUAGCAUUGUAAUCAGCUUGAGCACUGAGACAUUUGAUUUAUAGGCUUGGCCAAAAAAACCAGUGUUGAUGUGUUGAAAUUUAGUUGUCAUUCAAAAUAAGUAGAAGUUGAUAUCUGUUGUACAGAGAGCAGAAGAACAGGACAAAGGUGAUAAAAGCACUAAUGUGUACAGGCUGUAGGUUAUACCAGUGCAGGUUAUAGGUUAUAGCAGUCCAGUGUGUGCAGAAGAAAGGAAUUCAGAGAUCAUGGAUAAGUUCCAGAUCCAAUUGUGCUGUUGCCCCACCGAUAAUUCAUUUUCCAUCAACAUCAGCACCAUUAGUGAUUCUGAUCUUGUGUAGCCUGCACUGUGAGUCUGCUGCUCCUUGAUGCUGCUGACUAGGAGACAUCCAGUGUUGACAAUAGAACAAAAUUUUUGCAUGUGUGUCUCUAAAGUUAUGGUGGUGCAAGUUAUCAGGUCUUUUUUUUUUCGUGAAAAAGACAUCAGUCAGCUGCAGCCGUGCACAAUUGCAAAGCUGUUGUUAAAUUUGAAAAAAGAAAAAGAUUUUCUCACUUGAUUUGUGAAAUCUGACCUGCCCAGAGAAUGCUUCCUGUAUCUGCAGCUGAAACUAAAGUGUGAAGCACUGCCAUAUUGAUCUUAAACAUCUUCAUUAGUUGCGUUCAUUGACAUGGUAGCAUGGUAUUUCUUGUAUGAUAACUGGCUUUUAUACUUUUGUAACCAGGUACAAGCUUUUUUGUUUUUGUUUUUUUUUUGUCUUUAUUUUUUUCUGAAUUCAGCUUCCUCCAUAAUAGUAAACUUGAUGUUUGUUCUCUACUUCAGACUAGGUCACUAGUAUGUGUUGGCACUAAGAUUUGUAGUUCUCACUGAAACCUCUGUGCCUUUCUUGCUCAUUUGUAAUGCCCCUGUUGUAUCUAAGGGGACAUGCCAUUGUUGCAUUUGUUUAACCUUUGACUGAUGUAAACAGAUGUAAUAAUAAAACUGUCAUCAUAAUGAGAUCUAAAAUUAUUAGCAUGUCUAGUUCACGUCAUAACUAAUUGUAGUGUUUUAGUAGCUCUGUGGUAUGUGAUACAAAUGGACCAUGAGAUGGCAAAGUACUACUACCAUAAAUAAAUGUGAAUUAUGAUCUGACAUUGAUAACAAUUAAUUUUCUUUAUUUUAUCCAGGAUCUUAUCUUUAAAAAAAAGCUAGCCAUGGCUUAGUCUGAGAGCUAUUACCACUCGAACGCUAACGUGACUGAGAUGAGAAGUUAGCUGAUCCUGCCUCUAACAACUUGUGUGAAGGUUUUUUAUGAAAAAGCAGUGUACUCUCAAAUACAAAGAUUUCAGAUAGUGAUAAAUAUAAAAUCUAAAAAGUAGAGGCUAGCUGGAUGGUUCAUGAGGCAUUUUCCUGGUGAGUCUGCUUCUUGGCAGCCGGCAUUUACGCUGUUGCUAACAUCAGUUGUGUUAUAGUUUACAUCCAUUAAGAUGAAGUUUACCUAAAUUAUGCAACUAUAUUUUGCUCGAGUGUAUAACAUUUUGUAACCUUUACACCUUUCUCUUUUUUAAUAUUCAUGUAUUUAUAUACAUUUUGAAGAUAUUUUCAUAUCUAAGCAUGCUUCUUGACUAGAAAAUAAGUGCAGAGGCAAGUUGAUCAUUCUCUAUCAAAAGUGUCAUUCCUCAUAUCUACAAACAUAUCAUGUUUACAUUUAGGUCAUGAAUUCAUUGACUUACAUUUCAUAGAUUCUACACAUUUUGUACAUAGUGUACAGAACUGCGUGUUUUUGUUAGUUUUCUUAUGUAACUUCGUGCUUACAUUUCAUACAUAAUUAUCAGCUGCUGAAACUGAAGUAGCUCAUUAGCACUUUAAAGUUGAGUUAUAAUUUAAAAGACACUCUGGUUGCAUUGAUGAGGCAUGCCAGAGUGGUGAUAUCUUCUAUUGGCAUGAUCAAAGUGUUAAUGAGGCCUCUUGGACUGAGAGCAGUACUCCUGCACUAUGGAUGUACUGCAGACUUGUACACUGGAAUAAACAGGAAAUGUUUGUGCAUGUUCACAACCUAUGCAAAUAAGCCACCCCCUCACCCCUACAGAACUAAUAGAUACCUCAAUGUGACGUAGAAACUUUCUUGAGACAUAAUCCAGGUUUGGGUCUUUACGUGAAUGUGAUGCAAGUGUUGGUAGCAAUAGCAAGCAUUGUAAUUACAAGCACAAUAUUUGACAGAUGAAGUGUUUGCUGCUGAAGCAUCUAAAAUAUAGAUUCAGCUUUGUAAUUCUCUGGGGGUCUCUUUCUCACCAGUGGAUGUUCUGGUGGGGCAUCAGUCAAGAGCUUGUCACCAGACACGAUUGUAGUUUCAGAUCUUACCUCUGGUUCACAUUAUUUUUUGUUCUGUAUCUGGCAUCUGUCUUCAGAACUGCAUGACGUAGCUUCCUUGCUGACUUGCUAACACCAAACCAUUUCCCAUUUUCCUAAAGCAAACUGACAAGUUCCAAAGGUUGAAAAGGAGAUAAUUUCAUUUUGUUACAGGGUCCAAUAGGGCAAGUGCUUGUAGGUCAUUUCGAAUGUGGUUAUUGUCAUAAUCACCAGUAGUCACUGCUAAAUUCAUUUUUUUGUUCCUUCAUAAAGACAGUAAUAGUUUGGCAAGUGUAAAUGCUGUGCUCUUUAGUCUUUGGUUUAUUGAACAUCCCUCUUUUCAUAAUUUGUUAUUGCAUUUUCAGAUACUAUGAACUAGCAGGAAAAAUUUAACUUGUCACUUAAAGAUUACAUAGCUUUUAAACAAAAGUUAAAUCUGCUCUAUGCUGACAUAAGUGGGAGAUAACACUUGUAUGGGUGGGAGGGUUGAAUGAAAAUGAAUGCUGACGCUUAGAAUCCUCCAUUGUGAUCCAGCAUGUUCUCAGGAAUGUUGUGAUACUUAGUACACUCAAUGGCAGAACUGUCUUGCUGUUAAACAUCAGUGAAAGGUUUUGCCUAGUCUUGCUGGACUUGAAAGGACAGUUAUAGUCUUUCCAUGAGUACAAAAUGAGCGUGUACUGUGUUAUCUCUUGCACAAGAAAUAUGUUGGAUACAGAAGUUUGUUCGUAUGUCUGGCAUAAGUUGAAAAUAUUGAAGAGUAGCAUUAUUUAAAUGUGACUCUUCACACUUAUUGUGAUGGAUUUGCUCCAGGUUGUGUUUUUAUUUAAAAAAAAUUUUUUUUUAUUCUUCUUCUUCGCUUAUGCAUUUUGAAGUACAAUUUCAUUUUGACUGAAAUACUGACCUGUUGGCUUUGGGUUGCAUGCAACGUACAGUUCCUGUCUUUCAAAGUCAUUGGAUAAAAAUGGGAUACAGAGGAAAGCCAAAGAUUUGAUCGUUACCUUUAUUGAGGCUGGUUUUAAUCAUAUCUGCCCAUUCAUUUCAUAGAACAGCAGGCAUUUCUUUUGAAUGUUGCUUUAUUUUAGGGCUAGCAGUGACCUAUUCCAAUGUACAGGAGCUUUGAAAGAAUGGUAUGUGACUGGAGAGAGAGAGAGACAAAAAUAAUGAGAGCACUUGUGAUACUUCGUCAUGUCGGUAAUUGUUACAUUUAAUCAGCGCAAUAAAUGGUUUCUUUAUUCCUGUAUUUUAUAGCGCUUGUGAAUGAAUACUUUGAUUGUUAGUUUAUGUAUGAUAGGCACCUGUACACAAACAUACCACUGUGUCAGCAUGGUAUGCUGUGCUUUUCGGAGUGAUACAGUAGAAGAGAACAUUCCUGCUGGUGAUGUUUGUUGUGUAUUUGACAGCCUUUCUUGAAGUAAAGUAUAUUUUAUGUCAUUUCUUUUCAGCAAAUAUGUGUUUAAAGCAUCAUGCAUCAUCAUGCAAAUCUGAGUGUUAUAGGUGGUAUGGUGAAUAAGAAAUUUGUAAUCAUGAAAAGGUUUACAUGCAGUGACCAAGAGGCAAAUAUAAUGCAUGCUUGUGCAUUGUGUUAUACGCUUGUAAUGCACUGUUUUUGCACAUUUAUGAUCAGUACACAGGAUGUUUUGGUCAUUUUCUUGUAGGCCUUUUUGUAAUUCAUAUAAAAAUCACCUACACCCAUCUUUUACCUUCCCAUGUAUACUUGUUUGCUUUUAUUUUCAUCUAGCUGAGUAUUUGUAUUACCAUCUGUAGUUUUUCUGACGUAUUGGGCAUCACUAACUGGCGAGUACUGAGGUGUUGCUUCCAAAAGGCACUGUCAGUGACCAGUGAAUUCCCGUUUUCAUCAGUUAAAGGCAGAAUAAAGUGGUUUUAGUAGGCAUAGUUUGUGAAGACAUUAAGCUUUGCUGUAGCCCUGAUCAGCUCUGUUUCCUUGCAGCUGAGAGUUAAAAAUAGGAAAGUCCUGCAUUGUGAGUUUCAAAGUUUACAUGAGUAUAUUUUGUCAAAUUUUAUUAAGUCUGACAAAAUUUUCUCCCACCCUUACAAGCCAGAAAUACACAGAACUCAUUUCAGACUUAUGUAGCAGUUCAGUUUUGGUAUCUAUAAUAGAUUGUGUUAAACGUCAUGAUUUUGUGUAAGCAGUGGAUAGAGUUCUUUUUCUAGCACAUUUUUUUGUGGCAGCCAAAUUAAAGUUAAAAUGUCUGAUAAAACUCCAGCUGUAUCUCUCAGAGACUUCCCAUUCCUAAAGUUGUACAAGAAAUAAAAGGAUUGACUACACCAUGCAGCAAAAUAAUGAUGGUCACAUGAAAAAUGUUCAUCUCGGUGUUAAAGUUAAUGGAGAGCAAAGUAAUAGAAUAUAAACAGGAAGAAGGCAGCGUCUGCAAGACCUGCAAGCGGGGUGGCAGAUUCUGCAGACGCAGCUAUUUCAUUUUGAUAUAGAUCACUGUCUCAGCCCUACAGCGAAAGUGACACGUGCUGCACUUUACUUCCAGUAUCAGGAGAAGCUAACUUUAUCAGCAUAACCCAAAUAAAACUACUUCACAAUGCUUCUUGUCUGCUUCGCUGUGCAAUGUGUGGGAAGUGUGACUGGAGGAAUAAAAUGUUAUGGAUUAGCAGUGAAGAUUUUUCUGACACAAGGUAUUAACUACUCAUGUAUGCAGUUUAUUAUUGUGAUAUAUUCAGAAAGUAUGACUGUCCUGGUUUCUACCACAAACUAGAAAUAUGCAAAGACUAAAUUAUUGUACAAAUUGCAUCAAAAGAUAUGAUUUAGGACUGCUUUUUAAU